UAAUUGGAUUUGGUCCCUCCGGAACAGCUUGUAUAAAAGGGGGGUUCUGAAGGCAUGUGGUGAUUCUUUGAACUGAUGCCAUUUUCAUUCACUUCUUCUAGACGAACACUUUGCCAGUGAAGACUGAUUGUUAUCAUACUAUGCAUAAUGGAGAGUUCUGAUAAAGAGCAAUCUGAAGAAGCCAGAGAGUUUGCUGACAAAGGGCUGCAACUAAAUCUUUCUGAGAACCAGUCUGCAGAGUCACAUCUUAAAGAGGAGACAGUCACUUCAGAAGAUGCUCCUGCACCAUAUGACAUUUUAGUGCAGGCCAUUGGGACUAAUUUUGCUAGAUUUCAGUGGAAAUGUGUAAACAGCAUAUCAGCAUAUGAGCUGCGGUGGUCCAGCAGCACAUCCCCAAGCAUCCAAAAUUUUUCACAGCAUUAUGCUGAAGUGUCAGGCCUGCGCCCAGGCACCGAGUACACUUUUACUGUGGUUGCAGUCCCAGAAAAUGGAAACCAGAGUUCAACAGCCAAAGUGACUGCAUAUACAAUUCCAAACCCACCUGAAAGCUUCAAGGUUAAGAAUAUCAGUAGUACAUCAGUUACUCUAACCUGGCAUCCACCUGCUUCCUUAGAACAGAAAUACCAUGUGGUGUGUUCCCAUAAUAGUGUGACUGUUCAUGAAGAAGAAACAGAAACUAACACACUAGUUAUCAGUAACCUGACUCCAGGAGAAACAUACUCCUUCCACAUUGCAACAGUGCUUAAAAAUGGCAGCAGAAGCGAGACAGCUGGGUUAGAUGCUCGUACUCUAACACAUUUUGAGAGCUUUCUUCAGGACUUGGGGCUGAAGCAACACCUCACUGAUAAACUCUCACUGAGUACUGUACUACAGAUAGACAAGAGCACAGUGGCAGAUGAUCCAGCACAGACUCUAUUAGAUUUACCUUGGCUUUUCCUCAAGAAAAUUAUGAUGGUGAAUGUGACUGCAAGAGAUGUCAAAUGUGAUCCAUCAACAGAUGAGGAUGAAGAUUUGAGUUCGGAUUUGUGUAGUGGUCUGAAGAGUCUUGUCCUCAAUAAGGAUUUUAGUCAUACAGUAAAUCCUUUAGACAUCAUAACUGCACUCUUCCUUUGCUCAGACAGUUUUCUUCAACAAGAGAUUGCCUUGAAAAUGUCUAUGUGCCAGUUCUCUGUGCCUUUACUGCUUCCUAAUUGUGACACACAGAAGAGCAUGCUCAUGCUUUGGGCCUUAAGAGAUAUUGUGAAGAAAUACAGACCACACUCCUUGUCUGAUCCAAGAGGGUUUGUAGAAGAAAGGAUCAUUCUAGCAGACUUACCCUUAGUGUCCUUUGUAAGACUUGGAGACUGCAGCAUUUCUAAAUCUCAAAUCUUGAACAAACUGCUCAGUAAUCCACAGCAAUAUCAUGACACAUUUGUGCACCAUGACAUGGACUGUGGAGACAUCCCAAGAAAAAUAUCAGAUGGUUUGGUGGAGAUCAGCUGGUACUUACCUUGUGGAAAUAAAAACAUAGACAUCUUCCCAGAACCUGUGGCUAUUGCAAACCUAAGAGGGGACAUAAGUACAUUUGAGACUCAGUACUCAUUCCUUUGUCAGAUUUCUACAGCAGUUUUUGUGUUCUUUGACAAUUUGGACACAAACCAUCAGCUGCUCACCAAUACACAUGUAAAAGCACAGUUGUUUUUGGUGGGUAAUGCACUCACCAAAGCCUUCAACCUGGAUUUGUUGACAAACACAGCAGCUACAUUAAACUUGACAAAAAGCAACAUCAUUCUAAAGACCAAACAAAAUGAUGCAGAUUUUGUCAAGAAUCUGUGUUGUGCUGUGAGUGAUGUUGUUAAAAAGAAGUCUGUGACUGUACAACUUGAGACGAUGACCACAGUUGCACAUGAUUUAGGAAUUUCGACUGAUGAAGACAAUAAGGAGUGCCAAAAUGCAAAAGAAAAUGCAAAGGCAAUCACUAGCAUGAUACAGGACACAAUAAAGUUUAAGGAAGAACAGCUUCCUUUGCAGGGUGAGAUCUGGAAGAAACUGGGAAAAAUAGAGAAAGAGGAGUGUAGGCUUCGUAAAGCUGGGCAUAAGAACAUUCAGAUGUAUAAAGGUGAACUUGCUAAACAGAAGAUGGAACUCAGGAAGCAGCAAAGCAGCUAUGAAAUGUCAAUAGCUAUGUCCUGCUUCAUAAGUGCACUGUCAAGUUCCACUCUUGAGAGAUCCUUCUUCCUGAAAUGGAUGCGAAUGUAUUUGGACAAUUUAUCCCGCAAGAAACUAUCCGAUCUUAGAGAACAGUACAAAAAGAAAUGUCAACAAUCUUCUGAGAAGAAGGAUGAGAUUGCAGAACUUGAUAGGCAGAUCUCAAACUGUGCUUUAGGAAUUGAACACUUUUUGAGGGAAAUGGGUCAGCUAUAUGAAGCUGCUGUCUCCCUACCAGAAAAUCUACAAUCACGACAACAAAUGCUACACUUACCCAAACUGUGUGCUGAGCUCCUGUUACAGGGAUUCCCUCUUGAACUAGUUGAUGGAGAUGCUUCAAAUAUACCACUAAGGUGGAUUAGUGAUGUACUGAAAGAGCUGAAUACUUUAGUGCAAACUAAGAAGAAGAUCAGGGUAGUCACAGUAUUAGGAGUGCAGAGCACAGGAAAGUCUACCCUACUAAACACCAUGUUUGGGGUUCAGUUUGCAGUCAGCAGUGGAAGAUGCACACGAGGAGCGUUCAUGUUGAUGAUCAAAGUCACAGACAGCUUCAGAGAAGUACUUAACUGUGAUCAUUUAGUGAUCAUUGACACUGAGGGACUGAAAUCGCCUGAGCUGGCACAGCUAGAUGACAGCUAUGAACAUGACAAUGAACUAGCUACACUUGUUGUUGGACUGAGUGACAUUACCAUCAUCAACAUUGCCAUGGAGAACUCUACAGAAAUGAAGGACAUUCUGCAGAUUGUGGUGCAUGCAUUCCUCAGGAUGAAGGAAGUAGGCAAAAAACCCAUGUGUGCAUUCGUACAUCAGAAUGUAGCUGAUGUCUCAGCACAUGACAAAAACAUGAGAGACAGGAAGCUUCUCUUAGAGCAGCUGAAUGAGAUGACUGAGGCAGCAGCCAAGAUGGAAAAUAAGGAAAUGAACAAGAAGUUUACUGAUGUAAUGGAGUAUGAUCCAGAGACUGGUAACUGGUAUAUACCUGGGCUCUGGCAUGGAAACCCACCAAUGGCACCAGUGAAUGCAGGCUACUCUGAAACUGUCUAUGACUUCAAAAAGAACAUAAUAAACAUUCUUGUAAACAAAAAGAUAUCUACCAACAACAUUGAAGAAUUUCUGGAGUGGACAAAAAGCUUAUGGAAUGCAGUAAAAUAUGAAAAUUUCAUAUUCAGCUUUAGGAACAGCUUGGUAGCUGAUGCAUACAUGAAGCUGUGCACUGAAUUCCAUAAAUGGGAAUGGUCUUUCAAAAAGGACAUGUAUAAGUGGUUAACAUCUGCUGAAACCAGAGUGUCCAAUUUUGAGAUCAUGAAAUCACAAUCUGACAAGACAAACCUCAAAGAUUUGCUUAGGACCCUGAAAGAAGAGGCUUCAUUAAAACUUGAUGAAUGGGAAAAGACCAUUGUGGAAAACCUCAGCAAAUACUUUGAGCAAACAGAGGGUCAUGUCUAUCUCGUGGAAAAGUACAAAGAAGACUUUGUGAAUAGUGCAAAAUCCCUCAGAAGGGAAACAGAAAACUCACUGCUGAAUAAAAUAGAGGCAAUUAUUGAGAUUAGGACAGGAAAGAAUAAUUUGGACAACAUCAAGAAAACACAUACUGACAGAAUGGAAAAGAAAGUGCUCAACCUUCUGGAGGAGCUCCGGAAAAACAGACGUUCAGAAAGUAUGUCUGAGGAGGAACUUGACAACAUCUUUGAAAGCAUGUGGCAGGUAACACUGGAAGAAUUGUCAUUUAAAGGCUUGAAGAGACAAAUAAUAUCUGACAGUGUUUUUAACCAGUUACGAAUGAACAUGAAACAAAAGGGAAGCUCGGUCUUUGAAAAGUUAAAUGAUGUGAAUCUGGAUCAAUAUGGCAAAGAGAAGUUCAUUGUUAAACCAGAAAAUGUUUUUAAAAAAGCUCUCGAAUUAAUGCAGGUUUAUAAAUUUGAACAAACAGUGAGACUGCAAGAGAUGUCAGACAGUGUCAUUGACACAUGUAUGCAGUUAAUUAAUGACAAGAAAGAAGGAAAAUCAGAUUACCAUGACAACGACAUUCAGGAGAUCCUUAAUAUAACUGAUACAAAAUUGACUUCAUCAGAGAAAUUAAAAGUUUCUGAUGAAUUUGAACUCUCUCUGAAGCUGCACAUUUGUGCUAUUUCUGCAAGAGAAUUCCAGGCCAUGCAUGACAGUUUUAUUGAAGAGAACGACCCACGCAGAUGCCUCAAGCAAUUCAAAGAGAAGUACCGUGCUGAUUUCAAAGAUCUGUUCAAUAAUCGUGAUCAGUGUCAGAGGAAGGCUGCAGAAUUCGUAAAACUCUGCCUGAGCCCUGCAGUUGAGACAUUCAUCUGUAACUCACUGGGACUAGACAUUACUGAUACAAUGCUCCAAGGGAAAAAUGCAUUUCAGUUCAGCACACGCUCAUUUUUUCAGUACUCUCUUUUAAAAGAACUUCUGGAUGACAGUAAUUGUAAGAACUAUGUGGUUUACAUACGUUUUUAUGAACGCUUUGUCAAAGACUGGAUAUUAAAAGAAAUUAAAAAGAGAUUUUCUAAAGGAAACAAACUUUUUGAGUUGGAAGAGCAGCAUCUCAAAGGAAUUACUACAGAGAUAAAAGAGGCCAUCAUAAAAGCACAACAAGAGAUAAAUGAAAAUGAAAGCAUAAAGGCAUUUAUUCAGAACAUUUGCAGAGAGCUUGGAAAAAAACUUGUUAUCCCAAAUGAUAUCUUGGAAGCAGUCAUGGUUUUGAACAAUGCCAAACAGGAGCAAUUUGCCCACUGGCUCACACAGUCUGUGGAGGAAAUGGAAGGAUCACUCAAGACUAAGUUUGUGAACGAAGACAUUCAAAGCAAACUGAAAACACUCAAAAUCAAACCCCAGGAUGAGCUGUUCAAGCGUGUAUUUGGCUGCGGGAAACAGUGUCCAUUCUGUAAAGCACCAUGUGAGGCAGGAGGAGAAGCUCAUACACAUCACACUGCUUCUGUACACAGACCUCAAGGACUUGCGUUAUACAAGGAUAAGGACUCACAGAAAUUAGUCACUGACAUUUGUUCCACUGAUGUGAACACUGAAGCAACGUUCAGAUGCCUAGAGACCAAACAUGAGUUCCAUCCUUACAAGAAAUACAGGGAGAUCUUUCCAGACUGGCACAUCCCUGCAGAUCCCAGCAUAGAGGCCUCAGACUACUGGAAAUAUGUGAUGGCAAAAUUUAAUAAAGAGUUUGCAACAGAGUAUGAAGCAAAAGAAGCAGACAUUCCCUCAACAUGGAGUAAUAUCACAAAGGAAGAAGCAGAAAAAAGUUUGGAGGAGUGUUUUGGUAUCAGGACACAAUAACUGAUCCAUAAGAACACUGAUAUUGGCUUGAUUUCAACAUGCUAUCAGUGUGUUUCAUUUUCUCCUGCCAUUAAUAUAUCCCAUGACAACACAUGACAAUUUAAAAUCACCCAUUUUAGAGGAUAAUGUUUCACUGUUUUCAGUUUUCUAAUUCCUUUAACUAUCUCUUUUAAAAUUCCAAACAGCAGAGAAUACUGCUCAUUUUACUAACACUGAAAAACACAAGAAUUACUGUCAUGUCAUUGGAUAUUAAACUUAAAUGAUUAAUGAUUUUUUUUCUUUAAUUUGAUUUUCUUUUCUUACUGGGUGUUUAGUUAAGAAUUAAAUUUAAAAUCUAAUUCAGUUUUACUAACCUUCAACGUAAAAUUAUUUAGGCAACAUUGUUAUAUUUCUGUAUAUUUUUUGGGCAUAUAUGAUUAUUAGAUAAAUAUUAAACUGAAAUUGAAACUUAGCUCUUAGUUCAUAGAAAGGUGACAGUAUGAUACUAAAGUCAUCAUAUCAAAAAUGAUAUUGUAAUCAGAAUCGAUGUGACCUGUUUAACUUUAAAUAAACCUGUGAUUCUGUCUUAAACAAACGUUCAUGUGUAUAAAUAUGACACAUAAAACCCUCAUGGAGCACUUAAUUAGGAACACUUAUGCAUUCAUGCAGUUAUCUAAUCAGUUAAUUAUGUGGUAGCCGUGCGGAGUGUUAAAUCAAGCAGAUACAGCAGUUUCAUAUAAUCAACCAUUGGAAUGAGGAAAAAUGUCAUUUUUUUAUCAAUGAAUUUUAUCAGUGAACUGGUGCCAAAAGUCUGCCCUGAGUAUUUCUAAAACUGUUGAUCUUCUGGGAUUUUCACACACAACAGUCUCUAGAGUACAAUAAAGAAAAAAACAUCCAGUGAGCUGCAGUUCUAUAGAAACACCUUGUUGAAGAGAGAGGUCAAGCAUGAGACUGGUUAGAGCUGAUAAACAGGCUGUAUCGAGGGCAAUUAUUUUGUUUUUAUAUUUGAGAUCAAAAGAAGAAUGAGAUGAUUGAAAUACAGCUUUCAUUUUCUGAUAUUUACAUAUGUGCAAUAAAAUAACAUUGAAGUGGACUGAUAUAUAAUAUAACCAAUAUAUUGAAAAAAAAAAUCCAGUGUGUCCCAGAAGUCUUUAUACAUUAACACACAUUCUCGUAACUUUUAAGAAUGCCUUGGACAAGAGAAAAAUGUAUUGAAAUUAUUCUCAUGGCUGGUUCAGGAAUCUGACAAGGUUAUGCAUGACUUUAACAGGAAACAUGGCAAGCACAUCACACAUGACACUGUGGGAGUUCAUCACGAGAAUGCUUUGUAAAUAAAGUUACAUUUUGCUGUAGUGUAGUAUCUGUUCUUAUCAGUUUAAUAUCUGAUAUGUCCCCUAUUAAGGGGCUAUAUAUUUUAAUUUUAAAUGUAAAUUUAGUUUUUGUAGCAGUGAGAUGAAAUUUUGUUUCAUCCCCUCAACACAUCAGUCCUGUACUGUGUCUAUGGAGUUUUGCAAGUCAAUGUUUAUCCAGUUGCCUCAAAACUCCUAAAAACCUAUGGACUGGUGCAUUCCUGGAUCUAGCACAAAUUUGCUCAUGAUAAAGCGCGGCAUACUAGUCAGUCCUUAUGUGACAUAUAUAAUACAAUACCUCACAUACAAACAUGUCAUUUUAACCUACCUUGAUGAAAGUGUUAACUUGUGUCUAAAUUUUGAAUAAAACUGUACAACAAAUGUACAGUAUUCUUCCUGUUAGAAUUGUUACUGCAAGCUUUUGUUUUUGUACAGUAAAUUUUCAAGUCAACAAAUUAUUGGUCAGUAGGUUUUUCUUAUGAAAUCAAAAGUGAUUCAAUCUCUAAAUUUCUAAUAGCUCCAGAUUAAAGAUAUUGUCUUACUUAGACACACAGCUGAUUUAGAAAUAUGAAAUAUUAAAAUAGAUCCAAAUGUCUGAACAAAAAAAAAUACACCCCAGUGUCACAUUCAUCAUAGACAAUUCCCCCAGACCAGAAGGCACCCUCACUCACAGAUUGAAUGUCUUCUUCGGUUGUCUGUAUCACUUCCUGUUUUUGUAAACACCUCUUUUGUGUUCCUCCCAUUUACUUCAUCUACAUGAUGUUUUGCUUUUUGUGUUCCUUGUUGUUGAGUAUUGUGUGUAUUAAUUACUGUUAUGGUUUUGGAUUUGUAUUCUUAGUAUCUUACUUUUUUUUUUUUUAACCUUUA